UCGGUGUGUUGCGAAGACAAAGAAAAGAGAAGUUAUUAUUCCUCAACACUCUCCCGAAAUAUGUGUAUAUAUAUAUAUAGUAUGACACAACUCAACUAUUUUAGUUCUGCUAAAACUAUUAACACCUGCUUGCUCAGUUAAUUCAUCUCCUUUGAAGGUUUUCAUACAAUAUGAAGAGUGCCAAUUUCCCCAAAGAAGAUCGGAUGGAAGGUGCCAAUUUACCUGUAGAAGAUGGUACAGAAACCGUUGCCACAUCUACAGAAGUAAAAACCUUCGAUAGGAUGGAAGGGGCCAGUAUCCCUGUAGAAGAUCAGAUAGAAACCGUUGCCCCAUCUAGAGAAGGGAAAACCUUAGUUACGGGGAUUCAAGCUGUCAAUUUACCUAUAGGAGAUCAGAUAGAACCCGUUGCCACAUCAGAAAUGAAAACCUUUGAUAGGGGAAUUGAAGGUGCUAAUUUCCCUACAGAAGAUCUGAUGAUGCUUGCUGCCAUAAUUAGAGAUGCAAGGACCUUUGUUCGGGGGAUUCAAGGUGUCAAUUUCCAAAUAGAAAACCAGAGAGAGCUGGUUGUCCCAUAUAGUGAAGCGAAAAGCUUAGAUAUGGGAGUGGAAGGUUCCAAUUUCACUUUCAAAAAUCGAAUAGAGCCCAUAGCCCCAUCAAGAGAAACGGAAACUCUUGUUUGGGGGACCGAAGGUGCCAAUUACCCUAUAGAAAAUCGAAUAGAUCCCAUUGCCCCUUCUAGAGAAACGGAAACCUGGAUGUAA